AUGGCUUCUGAAUACGUCAAUCUUUUACCAAGAGAUGGUAGAUGGAAACAACAGAUUACAGAUUUUUUGACAGAGGAUGUGCCAUCUUUUGAUUUUGGAGGCUUUGUCGUUGGCUCUAAACCAGAAACUGCUUCAUUAUAUAUGAAACAAGAAGGCUUGAUUUGUGGUGUACCGUUUGCUGCAGAAGUAUUUAAGCAAUGCGAUUUACAAGUUAAGUGGCAUUUUGAUGAAAAAACUUUUGUAACUCAAGAUGAACUUAAUCAGAGCGGUGGGAAGAUUGUUGUUGCGACUGUCACCGGAGCUGCCAAGAACAUCUUGUUGGCCGAGAGAACAGCUCUUAACUUGUUGGCUAGAGCUUCUGGCGUAGCGACUCAAUCUUUCUUGACAAAGAAACUUGCAGAUGAAAAUGGAUACACUGGUUUAAUUGCCGGUACACGUAAAACCACCCCUGGCUUGAGAUUAUUGGAGAAAUAUGCCAUGCUCGUUGGAGGAGUCGAUACACAUAGGUAUGACUUGAGCUCGAUGGUAAUGUUAAAGGAUAAUCACAUUGCAUCUACAGGUAGUAUCACUCAUGCAGUUGAAAAAGCCAGAUCUGUUUGUGGUUUUGCCGUUAAAGUUGAGGUGGAAGUCAGCACUGAGAAAGAUGCUAAAGAAGCCAUAGAUGCUGGUGCAGACGUUAUUAUGCUUGACAACUUCAAAGGUGAAGAAUUGGUUAAAGUUGCUCAGAGCUUAAGAGAACAUUAUCGUGGCAGCAACAAGGCAUUUUUGUUAGAAUGCUCAGGUGGACUUACAUUAAAGAACCUCAGCAGCUACCUUUGCAAUGAUAUUGACAUUUAUUCUACUUCCUCGAUCCACCAAGGUACAGGAAUUAUAGACUUUUCAUUAAAGAUAGACGUGAAAUAA